AUGAUUGUCAGCAAUUGCUCAUUUCUAGGCGAACAACAAGAUUUCACAACAUCGAUAUAUGAAUACACAGAAAAUGAUUUCUUCAAUUUGGACAACUUUGAAUUUCCUUCUUUUGCAGCAGUUUCCAAUAAUGCAAAUUCGAAUCUUUCUAAUAAAUCAACUCAAGAAGAGUUAGAUCCGCAAGAGCUAUUUAAUGAUGACAUUUGGAAUGAGGAAGCGUUGCAAUACGAAACUCAAUUUAUUAUGCAACCUUUCUUUCCUCUUAAAUACGAAAAUUAUUAUGGAUACAAUAUCUGUAUUAAUAAUGCUGAAGAAUUGGAUUUGAUUAAUUCCCAAAGAUUUUUUCCUAAUUUCAGAAUUAAUUGUUCGAGCAAUAUUUCAGAUAAAACAAGAAGAAAACUAAUUAAAAAAACCGAUAGAAUGAGAGAUGAAUUGAGACGAAACAAAGUUAUUUCUCUUAAAGAUAUAGAAUCACAAAUUGUAAAUAUUAAAUAUGGUGCAUCCAGCAAGAAAGAAGAAACCUCUAAAUCCAAUAAGAGAGGACGUCCAGGAAAAUCCAAUAAAUAA